GACCAAAGAAACCCCAGCCUGUUUCGAAGUGGCAGACAUUACCAUCAACGACAUAUAAACAACAGCCGUUUUGCAGUAUUUUUCACCCCAGUUUAUCUUUUACUAGGUAUUACAUCGCUAGAUAAAGGUGUCCUUUAAACCACUCGGAGGAUGGGGAGGAGCAGAAGUCGAACUCCGCCAAGACGAGAGAGAAGGCGCUCCCGCUCAACUUCACGAGACCGUGAGAGGAGGCGAAGGGACAGGGAUCGCUCACGUUCCCGGGAUCGUGACAGAGACCGCCGUAGAAGCCGUUCUCGCUCUCCUCACAGGAGGCGUUCAAGAUCUCCUCCUAGACGUCACCGCUCCUCCUCCCUUUCUCCUCUGAGACAAAAAGAUCGACGUGACGAUGACCGCAAAGAUGCAAAGGAAAAGUCUUCGAAGCCAAUUCAGAUCUCGGCGGAAGACAUGCAGGGCAAAACAGAGGAGGAAAUCGAAAUGAUGAAACUAAUGGGAUUUUCUUCCUUUGAUAGCACCAAGGGGAAGAAAGCAGAAGGCUCAGCCAAGGCACAUGCUGUUAAUGUGACCAUGAAGAGAAAAUACAGUCCUUUUACAGUGAGCCCACUAAGUGUCAACCACUUUUAUUGUAGCCAAUCACCUCUGCAGGUGUUUCUAUGCAGACAUCCCAGCUCUCCUAUUGGCAGUACAUGAAUCGGAAAGGAGGAUUCAACAGACCACUGGAUUUUAUCGCUUAGAAACAUCAACAACUCACCGUGACGUCGACAAGAUAAUUUCCUUUCUCCCCUCGAAGUCUUGAAUAGUCUUGUUUUUUUUUUUCGAAUGGUUUUGUGUUGUGUUACAGAUCUGUUUAACUUUUUAAACACACAUUCAUGUAAAUAAUGGCUUGCUGUAAGAUGCAGCUAAAUAUUAAUAGGACAGUUCUGGCCUCAUUGCAUGGGCUUUUUGUUGUUUAAGGUUAUCUGAAUAAAACUUUUUAAAAUUCCA